ACGGUCACUCGUUUUUCCAACCCACCGGCGACCCGAUUUCCCUUGUAAAAAUAAUGCAACUCACAGUUAUAGUCGAUCGGACGCCCCCGCGGCGCUAAAAUCGGGCAGAUAAUAUAUAGUACUAUCAACUUUAAUCGGUAUUAAAACAGGGAUAAUCACCCACCCCUAAAUAAAGUGAAAAAACCAUGCGUGUACAAAAAACAGCUGCUAUGACCAAAAAAUCGUUCGAUUCCUCAGAUUGCACCUUUCUUUUGUUAUAGUUUUGCUAGGAAAAUCAAGGAAAGUCGGGGAAAACUAGCAAGAGGAAGAAGAGAAGAAAGGAAAAGCAAAACAAAACAAAGCAUUUUCUCGUUUUCCUUGAUUAUAACACACACCCACGCAAAAAUGCAGAACUGGUUGGCCUCCCACGAUGGCGACGAGGAUGCGAUGGCGGCUCCUUCCUGCUGUCCCUCGUCCUCGGAGAACGGAGGUCGAAUGGGAUCCCGCCGGAUAUUCGGCGACAUAACCACCAACAGACUUUGGACCUUUCGGGUGCUGAUGAACCAGGAACUGGCCGCCCACGAGCAGCUGGCCAUAGUGGGCAACUGCGAGGCGCUGGGCAACUGGCAGCACUCGGGAGCGGCUCUUCUGACCAAGGAGGACGGCGAUGAGGAUAAGGAUAGCAAUCUCUGGACCGCGGAGGUCUACAUUCCGCGUCACUGCGACACGGAGUACCGCUACAUGGUCUGUGCCGUGGACCCGAGUGCCGAGCAACUGAUGGUCCGCCGCUGGGAGACCCAAUUACAGCCUAGAAUUAUCCGGGAACUGGAUGAGCAGCCCGCCAAGGAACACAUGGAUAUUUUCGGCUCAAUAAAUGGACAGGACAAGGUGGAUCGCGGCUGGCUGACCAAGGAGACUUUAGUUCAGUUAAAGUUCUUCUACGCCCCCUUCACUUUCAAGCAGCGCAUGAAAAGAAGACACAUUCAGGUCAAGGUGACGCCCAUGAAUCUGAGUAUUCCGAGUGCCAGUUGCGAGGCCAUGACGCCCGUUUCCCCGCCGGAGGAUUCCCUGUCGAACGACACCCAUGACACGAAGGAGAAUGGUGGCGAGUCUACAGCUUUUGCUUUUAGUGAGGUGGUCACCUUGAGUGCGGAUGAGUGCGAAAUUAGACACCAGGAGCAAUUUGGAACGGCCUGUGGACCCACGGAUCUGGUCAUCUUCCACCUGACAGUCGGGGAUUUUGAAAAUACCGCCUAUUUAAUAGAUUUAUACAGCUACAGCUCGCGAGUGGCCAGGGAGGAUGGUCCACCGCAUCACCUGGGCUAUCACUACGUGCUGCCCAAUCUGUUUAAGCGAUCGGAGGGCAACCUAGAGCUACCCAUCACCUGCGCCAAGGGCCAUCGACCGCUGGGCAUGAUGCGUCUGGGUUAUCUCAUCGUAAAGCCCUCGUCGCAGUGCGCCCACAUGGACAUGAGUGUGAGCUAUGCGCGCUAUUGGAACAACAAGUGGACGGGCCUGGAUGUGGGCCACCGGGGUUCCGGAACCAGUUUCAAGGCCAAGGAUGCGGUGAUCAGGGAGAACACCAUCACCUCGCUGAAGAAUGCCGCCGAUCACGGGGCCGACAUGGUGGAGUUCGAUGUCCAGCUGAGCAAGGACCUCGUGCCGGUGGUCUAUCACGAUUUUAUGAUCUACGUCUCGCUGAAGUCCAAGUGCAGCAUGCAGGAGCACGACUUUCUGGCUUUGCCCAUGAGGGAGCUGACUUUGGAGCAGCUGAGGAAGCUGAAGGUCUACCACAUAGCCGAAGGUCUCUCCCGGGAGACGCGCUCCUUUCACAACGAUGACCUGCUGGAGCAUCAGCCCUUUCCACAACUGGCCGAUGUACUCGAUGCCCUCGAUGUCCAUGUCGGCUUCAAUAUCGAAAUCAAAUGGUCGCAGCGGCUGGAGGAUGGCAAAAUGGAGGAGGAAUUCGAGCAUGUGGUGGAUAGAAAUCUCUACAUCGAUUGUAUAUUAGAUGUAAUCCUAAGAAAGGCCGGCAAUCGCCGGAUAGUCCUAAGUUGUUUCGAUCCAGACAUCUGUACUAUAUUAAGGUUCAAGCAAAAUCGAUAUCCUGUGAUGUUUCUAACCCUCGGCAGGACUGAGAAGUACCAGAAGUAUUUGGACCCCCGGGGCAACUCCAUGGAGCUGGCCGUCUGGCAUGCGGUGGCCAUGGAGUUCCUGGGCGUUGUGGCGCACACGGAGGACCUGCUGCGAGAUCCCAGUCAGGUGAAUCUGGCCAAGGAGCGUGGAUUGGUGCUGUUCUGCUGGGGCGACGACAACAACUCGAAGGACACCAUCAAGCUGCUCAAGGAACUGGGUCUGCAUGCCAUCAUCUACGACAAAAUGGAUGUGCUGACCACCAAGGAGGUGAAGCAAAGUGUCUUCCACCUUCAGGCCAAGGACAGCCAAAAGGAGCUGCUGAAACUGCAGGCCCUGGAAAUGGGACAUGUGUGGCACACCUCUGCUGAUGGAAACGAGGAACAGCAGGCAUAGAUAUUGG